UCCUCAGCACUUUUAUUCCCACUCCCAGUCGUAAAGAGACCGUGCUGGAAUCAAGACGUGAUCACCACCCCAUCUUAUAUAAAUAUAAUAUAUACACAGAGAUUCUCGCGGUGUUCAAAAAACAAGCGACCGACCGAUCGACCAAUCAACAAAUAAAAUUUUUAGAAGAUUAAUUCCGAGCAUCGGCGAUCUAUAUACAAGCGGGUCAAGAGGUCUAGCCAGAUAGGAGGAGGCGGAGGAGGAGCAGCUCCAGCUCUCCAUAUCCCAGCCGUUAAGAUUCGAUACGAUCGAUCGAUCCAAGCCCAAACUAAUCUAACCCAACCCAACCCAACCGAUCUUGAACCGAAGUGUUUUGUUGUGUGCGCGAGUGUUUUUAGUAAAUCCAAAUCCGAAUCCGAAACAAACAAAAUUAAAAAAACAAAAACCAAAAGCAAAAAUCAAAAAGAAUACUAGUGACAGUGUCGCUUUGAAAUCCGAUGCCAGCGGUUCAGAGAAUCUAGAAAAUCCUGCUGGAAAACCGAGCGGCAAUGGAAACCCCCGCACUCACGCAUAUGUGCGCCUAGUGGGUAAUUUCCCGAGUUUGUUUUUCCGAGCUGCCUGCUCGAACAGUUGGCAAUUUGCCGCCCGAGCGAGUGCAACGUGUCCUGGCAUCGAGAAACCGAAAAACCGAAAUCCAAACCGAAUAACCGUGAUUUGUGAACCGAAAAGAUUGUUAAUUCGAGAAAAAAAGUGUAUAUUUUCGCCUUGCCAAAGAGUUGUUGAAUCGCGAUCGAGGGUGAUUGACUGGAUCACUCGACAAAAUGACUUCCAUAAUGUACACCGUCUUCCACCUGGCAUCGCUCCAGUGUUCGGUGCGUCCGGAGAUCUCGCCCUGCACCUGCGAAACGGGCAAGGCCUGGAACCAUGUGGAGCUCUCCUGCGAGAAACUGGAGUCCUUCAACUCCGUGGUGGACAGCCUGGCCAAUAAGCUCAAUGCCGACACGAACAUCGACCUGAAGAUCACGCACUCUCAACUAGACGACCUGGAAAUGCGAUCGUUUACGGAUAUGAACUUCAACUUGUACAAGCUACGGAUGCAAUGGAACGGCUUGAGAUCGCUGCCCGAGGUGCCGUUCCGCGGGUUAUCGAAUGUCACCUACCUAAGCAUCGGCGACAACGAACUCGACGAGAUCCCGAAGCACGCCUUGAGCCACAUGCCGAGCCUGCUGACGCUGGACAUCGGGCGGUGCAACAUUCGGGCGGUGCAGCAGGAGGACUUCCGGGGCAUACAGCGGGUGACGAACCUGAUCCUGGUGAGCAACAUCAUCCGGCGCCUGGACAGAGGCUCCUUUCCGAAGAGCCUGCUGAUCCUGCAUCUGGGCAGGAACCAACUGGAGUCGCUCAACGGGUCGCUGCACGAUCUGCACAACCUGCAGUCGCUGUUCAUCAACGCGAAUAACAUAUCUUCGCUGGAUGGCGAACUGCCGGAUGGAGGGCAGCUGCGCCUACUGAUGGCCCACAACAAUCGACUGGAACGACUGCCGGCCAACAUGGAGGGCAUGCACAACCUGGAAACGGUCCACAUCCACUGCAACCAACUGAGGUCCUUCGACCGGGUCCUUCGCAACGCCGCCAAUCUUUCCGAGGUGUUGGCCGAAAACAACGAGCUGGAGUACUUGGCCCAGGAUGAGUUUGCCUCCUGCUCCAAAGUGGAGACCCUUCAGAUGGGCUGCAACCACAUUAAGUCGCUCAACUCAUCGCUUUUGCCUCUCCUCAAGCUGAACAGCGCCAACUUCUCGUUCAACGACAUCGAAGAAUUCUCUUUGGCCGAAAUCCACGGUCUGCGGUUUCUGAAGUCGCUGCAAUUGUCGAACAAUCGCAUCCAACGACUGCUGGUCGAUCCCCGCGGGGUCAAGGAGCUAUUGCUAGUCAGUCUGGAUCUGGACAAUAACAAAAUAGAAUCCCUGAACGGCGCUCUAGCAGGUCUGGGCUUUCUCAGGAUACUCAACUUGGCCAACAACCGAUUGGAGCACCUCCAGGUGGGCGAUUUCGAUGGGAUGGUUCGUCUUGACAUCCUCGACCUCACCGGAAAUCAGAUAGCGGAGCUAAAGGCAUUGGAAACGACCUUGUUGCCCAGCCUGAAGAUACUCAAGGUGGCGUACAACAAUAUCACCAAACUGGAUCAGGAGUUCAAGGGUCUGCCCGUGCUGUGCCAGGCCAACUUGACCAACAACCAGAUCUCGACCAUUUCGAGCGAGCUUGUUACCAACACGCGCUGCAAAAAUCACAAGGUUCCCGGCAAACUGGAGAUACAUCUAGAUGACAAUCCCAUCAUGUGUGAUGUGCGUUUGAACGAGCUCUGUCGACUGAUGGCGGUGCAGGAGGCGCGAAUCCGAGGACGAUCCCAGUGCUUCGAAAACGACCAGGAGGUGUGCACCGUGCUGCCCAUGUUGUACAAGGUGGACCUGCCGAUAAUGGUGACCAACCUGAAGCUGGGAGGCCGCGAGGAUGCCAAGCCGGUGAUGCAGAUGCUGGUUCCCCAGCUGAUCAAGUCCAACGAUGAGCUGCUACCACCUAUUAUUGCUACGUUGGGUAACCCAGUGAUUAUUGGUACCGCUCUGGUCAAUCCGGUGAUUUCCCCGCUACCACCGCCUCUCUUGCUGACCACCACCACACCGACACCACCGCUUCCACUUCCUGUGGAACCGGAAGCGGAGAGGAUCGAGUCGACCACAGCGAAUGCUGUAAUCACGACCACCACCAAGGAGACCACGACCACCACGAGUACCUCGACAACCACCGAGAGCAGCAGCCAGGUGGCUCCCACCGAGGUGAUAACCACCACUGCACCCACCACCACAACCACCAGCACCACGACACCGAAACCGAAUGAAACGCUCCCCGUGAUCGUGGAGCUCCAGGAACCGAAUUCGCCGGGCAAUCCAUCCAACCAAACGGACGUGGACGCAGUCAAAGUCGAGGAAGCGGUCUUGGUUCCGCCGGCUGGCGAGGAUCCUCUGCAGCAGGAGCUAGAAAGGGAGAGGGAGAGGGAGCGGGAGUUGGAGCGGGAUUUGGACCACGAGGCGGUGGCCAAGACCGAGUACGAGACGGUGGAGUAUAUUCCGAAUCUGGUGCAGCCACCGGUGGCCAGUGACUCACUGACGCCGCCGCCCAGCAAGGCGAAUGCCCUGGAGGAGGAUUCCGAGUCGGUGCACUCGAAUUCCGUGCACGCGGAGUAUCCGCACGCGGCGCAGAGCCUCCAGAUACCCGAGGAGCCGCCGGAGGAGUGAGGAUGCCGCAUCCUCAGGGGGACUCCAUUCCCCCCCCGAAACAAACACAUUAUUUUACUGUAAAUCGCAGAAGGACGAAGGAGGCGGAAUCGAUUGAACUGGGGCGGAGCAGCAUGCAAAACGGCGGAGGGAGCGAGAUUCGGGAUUUGUAUGCCUUAAGUUAACUUAGUUCUUAUGUUUUAUUUAAGCCAUCGCUAAAUCGAACAGUUUGUCGGACCGGACGCUUUUUGUUGAGUUUUUUUUCGUCGAUUUUAUGCUAAAUUCGAUCACCAGGAAUCGGGACGAACGUACGAGGACAGUCUUAUGAUUUAAGCUUAUUUGUUGGGGGCUCAAUUUCGCGAAUGUGUGUGUUUUGGCGUUGGCAAGCGGACAAAUUUUCGGUCUUUAAUUUCACAAAGUUUUGAUUUUCUAUUUAAUUUAAGAGUUCAAAAGAAAAUAGAAUGCAACACUGACACAUAUGCAAAAUUCUUAUUUCAAAUUAGAAUUUUUUUGUGAAAUUGAAAACCGAAAAUUGACCGAUAGAAACAGAAUGGUGGCGAUAACGAAUAUGCAACUGCAUAUACACAUUAUCUAUAUUUAAUAACUGUAUACACGUAUGAACGUUGAAUAUCUACAAGUAGGUACUUAGAGUUAAACGACAGCAACAACAAACCGCAUCGAGCUAAUGUUAAUAACGAAAAGCACUCACUCACAUAAAAAACACAAGAAGCCACAAGCACAACCGUAGCCGUGCACAUUCACAAACUGAAUAAACGAAUAUAAAAAAACGAGAAAAAUAUUGUUAUCAGUUCGUUAACAACAUGAGAAAAUAGAUUUUAGCGUGUAAUUACAUGACAAUAAAAAUGGUAUUCUAAAUAAAAUCGUAAAUAAAAAAAGAAAAA